AUGGUCACAGGAGGAAGGAAAAUUAAAGGAGAAGUGGGCACUUCUCAACAUACUUGCUCUAACAGUUUUCCAUCUAGAGCUCACCCAAUUACUUCAGAAGUUGAUCUGCAUUUGAGCAGAUUAAAUGCUUCUGAAUUUACCUGCACAUCAUCAUCAUCAAUCAGCAUUGAGAUCAAUGGCCUUCAAGAGUUGCAUGAUUGUGUUGAUAAGUUGCUUCAGUUAUCCCUGUCCCACCAACAAAAGCAAUCCUUUGAAGAGUUGUUGAAUGGAUCUCUUGGACUCUUGGAUAUCUGCAGCAUUGCUAAAGAUGCAUUAAUGCAAACAAAAGAAUCUGUUCAAGGAAUUCAAUCCAUUUUCCGCAGAAGAAGGGGUGAUAAUAUUGAACUUACAGCUGAGGUGAACAAAUACUUGAUCUCCAGGAAAGCAGUGAAAAAGACAAUCCAAAAGUCCUUGAAAACUUUGAAAUGCCUUAAACAACAGAACUCCUCUCCAAUCUGUGGGGGAUACGAGACUUAG